GCAUAUCUGAGCAUCAUGAAAUUACACAGAGACAGUGAGAUGCUCCCUUUGGACUGCUUGCGCCCUCGUUCCUUUCCUGCCAGCCAUCGAUCUUCAGUUCGGAGGAACAGUCAUGACCCUCGCCUCACCAUCAGCCUGUGUGACCUGAGCCUGCAGCAAGAGAUGCAGCUGGAAGAAGAGGAUGAGGGGGAAGAAGAGGAACCACUCCAGCCCUCUUGCCAUAUUCCUCAGAACUCCCAGAACUUGCAGCAAUGCUCCCUGCUGCCCAGCCACUUGGACACUGAUCUACAGUUUCACUCUGUUCAUGGCCUCCAUGUUACUCCACUCGAUAUGCACACAAUGGCUCGACCAGAUCAGCGGGGAGAUGAGAGGACCCUGGUGUUUACCAGCCGCCCAAUGCACAGUUCAGAGACUGUUUUUAUGAAGGUGAAGAAAGGAGGCACGCGGGCAGGGUCUCUUUCUUACGGUGUGACUUCUUGUGACCCCGCCACCCUCAGGCCCAGUGAUCUCCCAUCAAACCCAGAAUCCCUGGUGGACCGCAAGGAAUUUUGGGCCGUGUGCAGGUUGGCUGUCAAACUCCACAGCGGGGAUAUUCUGAGCUUCAUGGUGAACUCAGAUGGCGAGCUUAUGAUGAGCCAUAAUGGGAACAAUGCAGGCAUGCAGCUGUGUGUCGAUAACUCCAGACCACUCUGGAUGUUCUACGGUCUACAUGGCUCCAUCACACAACUCCGAAUUUUAGGUUCAGCUUUACCUACAGAUGCUCAAGGCCCAUCGGUGCCUAGCUCCCCAUCAUGUACACCCAACACCCCAACAAUGCUAUGCAGUGGAAACUCUGGGUCCAACCUCAACACCGCUCUGAACAUCAGUCUGAAUUCAAGCCUUAACUCUAACUACCACAUGCUAUUUUCUACGUCCACAGGUACAACCCCAAGCUCCCCGGUUUCUAGCCAUUCACUAUCCCCGACCUUCCCAUCCUGUUCUAACUCUUGGAGUGAGGACUGCACCAUCUGCUGCGAGAACAUGGUGGACACUGUACUUUAUGCCUGUGGUCACAUGUGUCUUUGCUACGCCUGUGGCCUGAAGCUCAAGAAGAUGGCCAACGCGUGCUGCCCAAUCUGCCGACGGACAAUCAAGGACAUCAUCAAGACCUACAGAAACCCGUAGGUUUGCAUUUGACAUUGCAAACUGAUUAAAGACUUUUCAAAGGCAGCACAAAUGAUGAUUCGGCUCAGGUACUCUACAACAGGACUUCACGCUCAAUUAUCAAAACCUUUUGUCCAAAUCAUUGGAGACACAAUAAAAAGCCAUUAAAAGGCAUAUUAAGAAGCUAAAUAUGGUCAAAGCAACUUGCCAACAUGCCUCAAAUCACUUCAUGCAGAAAAGAAAGACUCUUCUAAAAAGAUGUAUGUUCUACUUCAUGCGGAAUAAACCCCCAUGAUCUCCUCAUCCAGGUUAAUUCUCUCCCUAAACUGAGAGAAAAUUAAGGAAGGCUGGUUCUAUUUAUGUAGAGAAGACAUCCGGAUUUCCAGUGGAAAAAAUAAGUGAAUAGGCUGAGAAAAGCUACCUUUAGCAAUGCAAUAAACCCCUAAGCUCUCAGUGUACAGAUAACCGUAAAGGAACUAUAAUGUGUAAUAAGGGAUGUGUUUUGCAGAAUAUCCCACCACCUGAAGUUCUCUGAACCCCAGGCAGAGAGGGACUGUGCAAAGAGUGCAAAAAAAUAAGAAAGCUGUCACUAGAGAAGGUCACGCUUGAUAAGGAUCGAGGAUGUGAAUCAAGGAAGAUGGAAGCUAAGGAGGAAGGAUGACGUAGGUUUGAGACAGAUAUAGGGGAAGGAGGUAGUUCAGUGGUCUGUGCCUGUUCUGGCGAAGAAAUAUUGGUUCAUUCAGAUGUUGAGAUACAUAUUCUGGUUUUAGCUGUCAUUCCCUCCUCUCCUGUGGGUGGCUGUUUGCUAACCCUCCACAAAAAGUCAUCUAAAUAAAGAGUGGUAGUGUAGGUACUGGAAUAUUUUUUCCAUGAAGGUCUUAAAUCAAGCUUUCCUUCACUGUAAGAAUCACUUAAAGGCCCAUAGCCAUAUCUACUUCUUUCAGGUUUAUCUGUUCUCUUUUUGUUUCAGUGGGAUUUUAAAACUGUAACAUUUGAUUCAAUAUUGGUGUAUUUAUGUGCAUAGCAUCUUUAAGCUGGUGCAAGUGUGUAAUCAGUAAAAAAGAUGCAACAAAUGUGAGAAUUUCAUGUGCAUAUCAUUCUCCGAGUGCUGCUCCCCAUCUAAAAAAGCUAACAUAUUUUUAUGUCUGCUCAUGUACUCAAGACCAAUAUUUGAUUAGCUAAGAAUGUUCUGAAACAUUACAAGACUCGUGUAUUUUUGUAGAUAUUGAUUUGUGCUUUAAAACUCAUCAUCUCAUCACAGCAGGAGGAACAUUUGCAAUUUAUAAGUAUAUUGUGUAACAUUAGACUUAGUUUGCUGAGUUUGUGUAUUAGGCAGUUUACUGUGAAAACCAAAACUGACAUUAAGAUUAAAUUUCAUUAUAUAGUUUUUUGUGUGUUUUUUGUUGUUUUCAGAACUUAAGUUGAUUUACACAAGUACAGAAAUACAAAUUUGUUAUACUUUAUGUAAAAGUGAACACGUCAUCGAUGAUACAUGACAAGGUAAUUUUUUAAUCCUUAAAAUUCUAGGCUUGAGUUUCCAACAAAUUAGAUGGAUGGAUGGAUGGAUGGAUGGAUGGAUGGAUGGAUGGAUGGAUGGAUGGAUGGAUGGAUGGAUGGAUGGAUGGAUGGAUGGAUGGAUGGAUGGAUACUGUGCAUUGCUGGAAUGUUGUUUUUAAAUAUUAGUAGAUGCUCAGUUUUUUCAUUAAGACCAGAUAUGUUUUCUCUCCUAACCAAAAUCAGCCGAGCAGAAAUGAAACAUUUGUGUAUUUUUGAUUGAAAAAUAAGCCACUCAUGGAAUGAAAGUUUGCUUGUACAUUUUAAUAGCUCCUUUUUAAUCUUUUGACAUUAGUAUUAUACUUAUCGCUUCAUCAUUGUUCUAUUUAUGGAUAAGUUAGGAAAGUUUUCUAUAAAUCUUCAUAGGUUUUGGGCUAUACGAGUAUGGUACAACAGAUCUAUUGGGUGAUUGCUGAUAGAAAGAGUUUUUCCUGGAUAUUUUUUUUUUUCAAUUCCAGGCAUUUCAGGAAAGGUCAUAGUUACCAUGCCCUGUUCAGCACAUGAGGAAGCAUACCUAAAUUUAACGGGAGCGUACAUAUUAAAAAAUUGAAAAGUAGAAUAAAUUGUACACAAUCAUUUGAAAUGUUUACUCACAUUUAAGCCAUCCCAUCCAACAGAGUUAUUUUUAAAUAAAAAACACCCAGCAGAGAAAAUAAACUACUCUGAGUCUCUGUAACAAAGGUAAUAUUAUACUAUAGUGUUUGAGGUUUUUAUUUUUUGCUAUACGCCAAAAAAUAGCAAGCAAUGAAUACAUCUUGAACCUUGAAUCAUCACAUUAAGCCAGAUGAAAAGCCUUUUUCUGCUCAAAGGCCUAAAAAUGUAAUAAAAGGUAUUCAAAAUUGUGCAUAUGCUCUAGCAAACUGAAAUGUGGUAAUAUGUAAAUUUUGAUUGUAACGUGUAUUGCAAUAAGAUAACUAGCAUCUAUUUUUGCUUGUAAAGAGCCAAGCAACCUGCGUACAUCCUAUCUAUAUUUUUUUUUAAAGGAAAUUGAGCCAUACAAUUUUUAGGGAUGUACAAUUUUCUCAAAAUGCAGCACCAUUUUUUUCAAAUAAAAGAGAUAUCAGAAAAUAAGUUAGAAAGUACACAGGGGGAAGAAAAUGUGUUUUUGUGCGCUGUUUUGUUUAUAAAAGCUUUUAAAAUAAUCUAAUCAUGUCUGGAUAUGAAUUAUGUUCUAUUUGUUAAUAAAGUCUGAAACACUG